UGAAAACAACACGUCUUGUCUGUGAUUAUUUUACGCUAUUAUCAAAUGUAAUUUAAUAUCAAUUCAAUAGGUACCUUGUAAACCUAUACAUUUUAUUUUUAGCCGAUUUUAAUAAAAUAAUAUGUUAAAUUAAAUUAUUCGUAUUGAGUAUUUGUGUAUUUGUGCGAUUGUGUUUGUCUGUCUGAUGUGUGUCAUAUAAAACACAAAUCAUAAUAUCGUCAAAUCGUUAUAAUAUAAUUGCAAUUCAUUCGUAUCUCUUUCGGUCAUUUUAUUUUACUUGAACGAUGUGUAAUAAUACCAAAGAAGAAGAUAUUGUUCAAAAAUGGGGCUUGCCAUUGAAAGAACUAUAUACAUUGGCGCUUAAGUUUUUUAAGGAAAAAGAAGGCAAAGCCAUACAUUUUACUUAUGAUGAUAAAUUAAAACUUGUCGCAUAUACACGUCAAGUUAGCCAUGGAAAGUUGGAUGAAUCAAAAUUACCACCAUUAGGUGUGUUUGAUGUUAUUGGAAGAGAUCGAAGAUUAGCAUGGCAAGCACUUGGUGAUAUGUCAACAGAGAACUCCAUGGUUAAUUUUGUUAAAUUGGUGAAUAAAGAAUGUACUUUAUUUAAACAUACUGUUGAAGCUUAUAAAGCUGAUUUGAUUGAACAAAAACGGAUAACAGAUGAAAAUAUGAAAAAAGAACAGGAAGAACUAGAAAAACAACUUGCAUUAAUGGAAUUAAAACAAAAAGAUGAAGAAGAUAGAUGUAGACAAGAAAAUACCAAACAACUCAUUCAAGAAGCUUUAAAUAAACAGACCUAUAGCCAGUUCUUAACAUAUGCUCAAAAUCAAUUUCCAAACAAUCCAGAUGAACAAGCUGUACUUGUAAGGCAAUUACAAGAACAACAUUAUCAUCAGUAUAUGCAACAGUUACAACAAAACUAUGAACCUGGGAAAGAAUUGGAGAUAACCACUAACUCUGUAACUGUUCCUGGAGAUAAAAUUAUUGAACAUGAGAGCAUCUGCAAUGAGCAAUGUGAAAAUGGGCAAUGUCUUUCUGGAGAAUGUUCUGUUCAAACAUUGUUCCCUGCUUCAAUGUGGACAAGAAAAGAUAUUGAUGAAUUUAAAGCUAAUUUACUGCGGGAAGGUGGAGAAGCUGUUAUUAAAGUAAACCACGGAGAAACAGUUACGGUUAGAGUUCCAACAGCUGAAGGCGGCAACUGUGUAUUUUGGGAGUUUGCAACUGAUGGUCAUGACAUAGGUUUUGGUGUUUACUUUGAAUGGGUUAAACCUAGUACUAGUCAAGUUUCAGUGCAUGUAUCUGAGAGUGAAGAUGAUGAUUGUGACGACUUGGAAGACGAUGAUGAUGGUAAUAUCAAUCAAGAUUUACUUCAUGAAUUGGAACAAAAUGGUGUUACAAUUAACGACAUUAAAAAGAGCAAUCAGUUGAAUCGACCGCCAUUGUCAAUAAUAAUACCAGUAUACCGAAGAGAUUGUCACAAGGAAGUAUAUGCUGGAAGUCAUUUAUAUCCUGGGGAAGGAGUUUAUUUACUUAAAUUUGAUAACUCCUAUAGUUUAUGGAGAUCAAAAACAUUGUAUUAUAGAAUAUAUUACUCACAAUAAUAUAUUAAUUUUUGCUCUGUAUAAAAAAUUCCCACCAACCUAUUAGUCAGUUUAAAAUUUAAUAACCUUUAUAUUCGGAUUUUUUUAUCCAAAUGAUGCUUGAAAUAACUUAGCAAAAAUAUACUACAUAUUAAAAUAUGUUUGAAUCAAUAUUCU